CGCAUGCCCGGCGGUGUGGGCCGGAGGAGGCGGUGGUCCAGGCUGCGCGCCGCGCGCGGGGCGGUAAUUACCGAUUGUCCUCCUCCUCCCGAGACGCGAGGGCGCGGCGGCGCGGCCGGGCUGAGGGGCGGCCGGGCGGACGAGACGGCCGCUUCCCCGGGCCGUGUAGCGCCGUCUCGGCGAGAUCAGCACGAGCGCCUCCCGAACCCUGGGGACCGUCCGCGGGGCGCCGAGUCUGCGCGCGGGACUGGGCCGUGGGACGGCGAGGCCGCGGGGAGGAAGGUCCAAUGGCGAGGAAUUUAUCUGUUAUCUUGAUCCUGACCUUCGCCUUUUCAUUCACAAAUCCCCUUCAUGAACUGGAAUCGGCUGCUUUCCCUCAGACCACUGAGAAAAGUAAUGGCAAUUGGGAAUCUGGCAUUAAUAUUGACUUGGCAGUUACCGCACGACGACAUCAUCUACAACAACUUUUCUAUCGCUAUGGAGAAAAUAAUUCCUUGUCUGUUGAAGGGUUCAAAAAACUGCUUCAGAAUAUAGGCAUAGAUAAGGUUAAAAGAAUCCAUAUUCAUCAUGACCAUGAGCAUCACUCUGACCACAGUCGUCACCCUCACCGGAACCGGGCUGCUUCCAAUAAAAACAAUCGCAAAGCUCUUUGCCCAGACCGUGACUCUGAGAGUUCAGGUAAAGACUCUAGAAACAGCCAGGGAAAAGGAUCUCACCGCCAGGAACGGACUAAUGGUCGGAGGAAUGUCAAGGAGGGUGUAAGUGAAGUGACCUCCACUGUGUACAAUGCCGUCUCUGAAGGAACUCACUUUCUGGAGACAAUAGAGACUCCAAAAUCUGGAAAACCCUUCCCCAAAGAUGGAAGCAGGUCCACUCCACCCAGUGUCACACAAAAGAGCCGGGUGGGCCGGUUGGCUGGUAGGAAAACCAAUGAAUCUGCAAGUGAGCCCAGAAAAGGCUUUAUGUAUUCCAGAAACACAAAUGAAAAUACUCAGGAGUGUUUCAAUGCAUCAAAGCUGCUUACGUCACAUGGCAUGGGUAUACAGGUUCCACUGAACGCUACAGAGUUCAACUUUCUCUGCCCAGCCAUCAUCAAUCAAAUUGAUGCUAGAUCUUGUCUGAUUCAUACAACGAGUGAAAAGAAGGCUGAAAUCCCUCCAAAGACCUAUUCUUUACAGAUAGCCUGGGUUGGUGGCUUCAUAGCCAUUUCCAUCAUCAGUUUCCUGUCUUUACUGGGAGUUAUUUUAGUGCCUCUCAUGAACCGGGUGUUUUUCAAAUUUCUUCUAAGUUUCCUUGUGGCAUUGGCUGUUGGGACAUUGAGUGGUGAUGCUUUUUUACACCUUCUUCCUCAUUCUCAUGCAAGUCACCACCAUAGUCAUAGCCAUGAAGAACCUGCGAUGGAAAUGAAAAGAGGGCCGCUUUUCAGUCAUCUGUCUUCUCAGCACAUAGAGGAAAGUUCCUAUUUUGAUUCCACGUGGAAGGGUCUGACAGCUCUCGGAGGCUUGUAUUUCAUGUUUCUUGUUGAACAUGUACUCACAUUGAUCAAGCAAUUUAAAGAUAAGAAGAAAAAGAAUCAAAAAAAACCUGAAAGUGAUGAUGAUGUGGAGAUUAAGAAGCAGUUGUCCAAGUAUGAAUCUCAACUUUCAACUAAUGAAGAGAAAGUAGACACAGAUGAUCGACCUGAAGGUUAUCUCCGAGCAGACUCACAGGAGCCCUCCCACUUUGAUGCUCAGCAGCCAGCCAUCUUGGAAGAAGAGGAGGUCAUGAUAGCUCAUGCACAUCCACAGGAGGUCUACAAUGAAUAUGUGCCCAGAGGGUGCAAGAACAAAUGCCACUCACAUUUCCACGAUACACUCGGCCAGUCUGAUGAUCUCAUUCACCACCAUCACGACUACCAUCAUAUUCUCCAUCACCACCACCACCAGAACCACCACCCUCACAGUCACAGUCAGCGCUACUCUCGGGAGGAGCUGAAAGAUGCCGGCAUUGCCACGUUGGCCUGGAUGGUGAUAAUGGGGGAUGGUCUACACAACUUCAGCGACGGCCUCGCAAUUGGUGCUGCUUUUACUGAAGGUUUGUCAAGUGGUUUAAGUACUUCUGUUGCUGUGUUUUGCCACGAGCUGCCUCAUGAAUUAGGUGACUUUGCUGUUUUACUAAAGGCCGGUAUGACUGUUAAGCAAGCUGUGCUUUACAACGCGCUCUCAGCCAUGUUGGCGUAUCUGGGAAUGGCAACUGGAAUUUUCAUUGGUCAUUAUGCUGAAAAUGUUUCUAUGUGGAUAUUUGCACUUACUGCUGGCUUGUUCAUGUAUGUUGCUCUGGUAGAUAUGGUACCUGAGAUGCUACACAAUGAUGCUAGUGACCACGGAUGUAGCCGAUGGGGAUAUUUCUUUCUACAGAAUGCUGGGAUACUUUUAGGCUUCGGAAUUAUGUUACUUAUUUCCAUAUUUGAACAUAAAAUUGUGUUUCGUAUUAAUUUCUAAAGGGCCUAAGUGCUAAAGUAGCUUUAAAACAUUGUGGUCUGUAGUUUGACUAGGUCACAGAGAAAUGAAUUUGUGUGCUGUGAUACACAGCAUUUAAAGUCAGUGGGUUUUGUGAUUUUUUGUAUUGAAUAUUGCUGUUUGUUAUGCUUAUAAGGUCAGGUAUGUUGCUAACAUAAAGGUACGUUUUAAUAUUUAAGUUAUUCUGUUUUGGAAAUAUAAGCUAUAUGUGCAAUCCACCAAUAUUACCAGUUUAUUUUAUAAACAAGAGAUUUGGCAUGACUUGUGUAUAUUUCAGGAAAAAUGUCUAAUACUUUUUCUAGAACUAAUUCCCAUCUUGGAUUUUGGGCCUCUGAAGAAAUGCUAGUGUUGGGGACUAAGAAUGUACAUGAACAGCAAGAUACCAGUAAAGCUCAUACUGAAUUUAAGGUACCAGAAAAGGAAGAAAGAAGAAUCUGGGAAUUUAGGAGGUGUAAAUUUCUUUAAAAAAAUCACAGAAUUGGCUACAGUGUAAAGAGCAUAUUUUAGAUUAAGUAAAAAAAAAAAAAGACAGAUAAAAGAUAAACAUUGUGUAAGAGUAUUAAUAUUCCUGUAAAACACAGUGAGCACUUACCACAUUUUGUUGUACAUUUGAUUUUGUGUUAAGUGUAGAAAACUUAGUUUUUAUCUAGAAAAAUCUAAAUAUAUUUAAAUAAUUCAAACAGUUUACCAGUUGAACAAGAAAUUGGAAUUUUAAAAUAUUUGUGUGGAGAUACACCAGAUGAGUAUAAGAGUAAGUCUUGGUAUUACCAGAUUUAGUGAUCACCAAGUUGAAUAUUGCCAAAUGGUAUAUAAUUGGGUAUACUGUCUAUCAGGUUUACAAAAUGUCAGAGUAUUAAAACUUGGAUCUAUGUUAGGAGUAAAACCAUUCUGAGUAAAAUUUGAAUUCUUAGAUUUAAAAAGUGCUUUGGUAUCUUUCAGUGUUGUCUUUGUGAGCAGUUUUCAUUUGUCAUUUUAUAUAUAGUACUGUAGAAAUACUAGGGCUGUCUGUGGCUUUCUCUAGAUGUUACUUUUCUACGAAAUAAAUUCCUUAUGU